AUGUGUUGGGCCAGCCCAACUGUCGGCAUAAAGUCUCUUUUAAUUCUACGAAUAAGUAGAUGUUCGAAGCAUUAUCCAUCCAAAGCAGGGGAAACUAUAUGGAUGAAUCCGAUUGAUUCAAUACCCUACCACUUGUACUUUGGAGAGUUGGCUUUACAUUCUUCCGGUUCGGUCACUCUCACAUUUUCUGCGAUCGCCAUUUUCCUGCUUGUGGAAAGAGUAAAAAGGAUGAAUUUGAUAUUAGAAGGAAAAGACGCAUCUGACUGGAAUUACAGAGGAGAGGGAGCUGUAAAUCUUGUCUUAGGUUACUGUGGAUCUUCGCCUGCUUUCGUGGCCCUAGAAGGUCCCAUUAACUACAAUUUUGGGGUUGGAAAAGUGUUGCGUGUGCAAAAAGUUCCAAGAAGUGAAUCUCAACAUACAACUAGCAAAUCCAUCUUGUCCAGGCACGAAUGUCUACUGUGGAAUGAUACACAAGAACUGGUGACUUGUUCGUCGAAGGAAAGUUUGGGGCAACUUUUUGCACUUCACGUGAUGAGCCCCUUGUUAGGCUCUGAACACGUCGAUGCUGGGAUUCGCGUCCUUGUGUCUGAGGAAUUCCUGGAGUCCAUAGAAAAGAAUGUUAUCAGUCAACGCCCUGCUUGGCGUGUUGAUGCUGCCAAGGUUAACACCCUCUGUGAUUCUGCACUUCUUAUCUCUGAUCAUUCAGUUUUUCACCACGGUAGUCUUAAAGAAGACCUCUGCAUAGCAGUAGAAAUUAAGCCCAAAUGUGGGUUUCUUCCAUCUUCAAGAUUCAUAGAUGAAAAAAAUGCUAUUAAGAAGAGUAUUACUCGUUAUAAGAUGCACCAGGUCCUGAAACUUCAUCAGAAAGAGAUAUCUCGGCUAAGUGAAUAUGACCCACUGGAUCUGUUUUCUGGAUCCAGAGAAAGAAUAAUUCAGGCUACCAGAGCACUUUUUGCGACUCCACAGAAUAAUUUUCGUAUAUUUUUUAAUCGGUCACUCAUUUAUGGUGGCUUGGGAGGUGGCAUGGAUGAUGCUGCAGUCAGCGACACUCGUGAAACAACUGAGGCAUUUGAAGAUUUGCUCAAGGGUGUGAUCCAAGCAGGCCAUGGCCUACGGUUAGCAAGCUUUCUAGAGCUUGUUGGAGAAGCGAUUUUCCAAUCAGGGGUACUAAGCCAGCUUUUGGAGGUUCAGAAGUUUGAUUCCUUUGACAUAGAAGGGGCAAUUCAUUCAUAUUACGAUAUCAUUUCUCAGCCUUGCAUGGCAUGCAAGAAUUUGGGCAAUGAUGAAAUCUUGCGUCGAUAUUCAUUCCUGCAUUCUCUUUCGUUGGAAGAAAGCCUGAAAAUUGUGAGGGAUUACUUGAUAGCUGCAACUGCCAAAGAUUGUAGUCUGAUGAUUAGCUUUAGACCUACAAAAGAUGGGGAUUCAACUUCUGAGUAUAGCUCUGUAUUCCUAGAAUCAACUAACCAAAACUUUGAUUAUAAGGCAUAUUUCAUUGACCUGGAUAUGAAACCUUUGAAAAGGAUGGUUUACUACUAUGAAUUGGACCAGAAGAUUGUGAAUCGCUACAUGCAGAUGAAGAACACAGACUGUAGCCCAUGCAAUCCCAUGAGCAUUUGAGAUGGUGAGAUUUUCCUAAGAUCAGGUUCCAUAAAAAUGAAAUGCAAUCUUAUGGGAUCCCCAUCUACCAGGAUCUUUACUUAUGGUUCCAGCGAACGAAUAAUCAUUGAUUCGUCUUUCUGGAAAACGCAUAAAAAGAGACCCGCCAACAGUCAAGUAAAUAGUGAACCUUUGAGUGAUGGGUAUUUAUAUUUUGGAUUACUUCCUUUCUUUCUUGUCUCCCAUAUAUUUAUUUCUUUAGUUAUUUACUAGAGAAAUUAUGAUAUGGAAGUCGAUCCGGGGCAAGUGUUUGAAUGUAUAAUGACAUAGCCAUGAUGCGCCCAACAGACCUUUAUAAUCUUAUAAAACCCCUUCGGGGCAUGAUUCCAAAAUGAUUUUUUGGUGCCGCCUAGUGUAUUCAUAUCUCAAUGUGUCAAGUGCCUAGAUGGUUCUACUUCAUAUCUUUCUUUUUGGUCUUUUUCUUUCCUCUUUUUUUUUUUUUUUGGUGGCUUGGAUGGUUCCUAGAGAUGUGAAUGUUUGUGGCUUUUGUCUCUCUUUUUCGAAGUCCUUGUAUUUUUUCUGUCCUUGAAUUGUCUCCCAUGCAAGAUGAAGUUGCAUAGUGACAAAUUUCAUUCUCAGCCAUUUUCUCUGCUUGGGGAUUUCUCAGGACGUUUUCAGUUUUUUUUUUUU